ACGCAGAAGUAGCGAGCGUUGGCGUUUUUGCAUUCACUACAAACGAGCGCUCGUCCAAAACCAAACUCGCUCUCAAGCCAACUCGGCGGCUAUCUGCCGUCACCCAGUCAAUCCUACAGCCCAGCAAACUUGUCUCCUCUGGUCCCAAAUCCACAAGCAACAAGAUGCCCCUCUCUGUCAUCGUCCCCGACAAUCCUCUCGCCUCCCAUGCAAAGGAACAAUCGAUACUCCACUACAGAGAGCUAUCGUACCCACUCGCUGAAGAAGACUUGCAUGCCCUGCGCCAGAUGAGGCUGGCCAGUGGAACGUACUAUGACCGCAUCCCAACGUGGCUUUCCGAACUCGACUUGUCCUUCAUCCUCAACACCCCGCUCACGUCCAGACCCCCUCCCAACCGCAUCAUCUCAGCUGGACUCGGUGACGGCUCGGACGAAGAUCUCGUUCAUCCCCGUCGUGCUCCCCCGACCCCGCCCCCCACGCCACCCGUCCUCAUCGCCAUGGUCUGCUUACUAAAAGUAAACCCCUCAGAUCCGUCCCUAGCCUCCAUCUCCACCAACCGCUUCGAACUCACCUCUCUCUGGAUCUACCCCGCCUACCGUGCCCUCCGUCUCAACCACAAUACCAACUCCAGUGCGACCAUUGGCACCACAAUCAUAACCGAGAUGGAGCGCCAGGCAGCGCUUCGCGGUGCCGAAUAUGUCACUUUCAAUACCACAGCAGGGGCAAACCAGACUCUCAAGACAUUCGAACGCAUCGGCUACAGGGAAUACAAACCCCGUGAACACCGAUACUCCAUCACUGAUGUUGUCAACGUCGGCCUUCCGGGCAGUGUCGAAUCAACCCUCGCCGCCUUUUUUGAAAAACGCGUCAAGGGCUCUCUUUUGGAUACCUCAGAGGACACUAUAUCUGCAUACGACGGACCCAUAACACUGUUUUCCUAUACUCUCCCAUGUCUAUCUAUACGAUUGACCUUGCCUGAGCAAGUCCUUUUGAGAGCGCUGAAUAUGAAAUACGUUUGUUCUAGCCUCUUCCCUGACACAGCCGUAAGGAGGUCGUGUGCCGAUGGACGAGCUCGUAACGGUUCAAAUGCGAUGGCGUGCUGA